UCUCAAGCUGUGAAAUUACAAAACGUUUGAGGCGUCACACGGGUGGGAACUAAUAUCUGUACCAAAACAUCGUUAUUUAUUAAUUCAUUUAUUUUAAGUAUAUUCACGCACCAUGUUUCUACCCGGACAACAUUCAGCGGUGCUGUGUUGAACAUUUCCGUUCCGUCUACAUUGAGCUGUGUUCCAAACCCCGCACCUGCGAGGACUCGAGGACUCAUUAUCAGUCCCGCUUUGUUGACGUCACUAAAGUGCAGACUCGGAGCAGGACAGCAGUGCUUAGGGUGCCAUUUUGAGACAGGACCGAGAUGAAAGAAAAAAGAAAUCCCGCCUUCUGCGCGAUGAUUGGCUGGUUGUUCAAGUUGGCUUGGACUGUUAGCCAAUCAGAGCGCUAGAAGGAAGACGUAGUGAAGAGGAAGCGUUCUCGGUUUGCUGUGUAAACACUUGUGGAGGUAUGAGCUUGUUUCUGCCUAAAUUGUCGUGUAAAAAGCAUGUAGAUGAAGUCAUUAAAACAGUCGCGGAGAAAGUGCUGGUGUUGCGCUUCGGACGAGAUGAAGACUCUGCCUGCAUGCAGUUGGACGAGAUUCUGUCAAAAACGUCCCACGACCUGAGUAACAUGACCUCUAUCUAUCUUGUGGAUGUGGAUAAAGUGCCAGUUUAUACCCGGUACUUUGACAUCAGUUAUAUUCCUUCAACUGUCUUCUUCUUCAAUGGGCAGCACAUGAAGGUUGAUUAUGGGUCUCCAGAUCAUACCAAGUUUGUCGGAUGCUUUAAAACCAAGCAAGACUUCAUUGAUCUCAUCGAGGUGAUCUAUCGUGGUGCCAUGAGAGGAAAAUUGAUUGUGCGAAGUCCUAUCGAUCCACGAAAUAUUCCUAAAUAUGAUCUGCUGUACCAUGGGAUUUAGCUGUGAAUUGUUUCACCGCAAAUUUGGAGGUUGGGUUUGCAAAGUGGGGGUUAAAUUACAAAGGAUAUGAAGACGAAAGCAUGGCUUUGAGGUGUUUGCUUGUAUUUGUAAAGCAAAUGAAUGUCAACAACAAUAUAGUUCUUUCCUAAGGAAAUGCCUUUUAGAUUGGUUUUUGAAAGCAGAUGCUCUCAUUCCUACAUUACAUGGUACCAUUUUGCUUUUUUAAAAAAUGAAUGUAAUGAAUUUGCAUUUGUAUACUUGUAAAAAAUUCAUUAAAAAAUAAAAUUGAAUGAGUUA